CUUUCUCUCUUCAUCACAACAAAUAACAAACCCAUGCAUCAAGGAUGCGCUCUAAGCAAGGCCCCAGACAUGCAUGAACGAAUUGAACGUACCUCUGAAUUUUCAAUCUCGUGUUUAUCAUUGAAGGCCUCGUGCACGUCAAGGUGAUUGAGAAUGACCUCGUUGUUAGGCCCGGACAGCUCGUCCUCGUCGGAUUCGGACUCCGAUUCGGGACCCUUGAAGGUGAAUGCCCAAUACGCCCAAGUCUACAACACGUUUCGCGAAAAGGAGGUGUACCAAAAGCUGAAGGACAAAUACGGCGCCGAAUCCCAUGCGGACGAGCACGCCUCCUUGGAUGGGUCCGGCUCGUCUUCCAGCGAUGAAAGUGAAGAUGAAGAAGCCCAGGAAUUGACCGAUCAAGUCGAGAAGGACUUUUACAAAACCUUGGCCAGUCUCAAGAACAAAGAUCCCCGAAUUUAUGACGGGCAAACGCGGUUUUUCCAGGACCCAGCCCCGGGCCCCAAGGCUACCCAGACUGUCAAGGCUGUCAAAGAGAAACCCGUGUUUUGGUCGGAUUUGCAGCGACAAGUGAUCCUGGAAAAUGAGGGCAAGUUCAAGGAUGAUGAAGACCCGGAGCCACAGGUCCAACCGGGACCGAGUUAUGUCCAAGAAAUGGAACAGCUUCGCCAAAGUCUCAAGACCAAUGUCCAUCAUGGAUCAGAGGAUGAUGAUGACGAAGACAAUGAUGAUGAUGACCUCUUAGUCCCGCGGAAAAAGACGGAUCAGGAGCAGAGGAAAGAGGAUCAAGAUUACAAAGCUUGGCUUCAAGGUCAAAAGGAUGAGUUGCCGGAUGAGGCCAUCCAACAGGACCUCCAAGGCCUGAAGGAUUUCUGGAGCCAAAAGGACCUGGGCGAGGAUGAGCAAUUCCUCAAGGACUACAUUCUCAACAAGCGCUAUCUGGCGGAUGAACCCGACCGCAAUUAUCAGCCCACCUACGAGGAGGUGGUCCAUGACUCGGAUGAGAAUUUGUCGGCCGAUGAGGCCAAUGUCCGGAAUAUGGAGCAAUUCGAGCAUAAAUACAACUACCGAUUUGAGGAACCGGACGAAGAGUUCAUCAAACGCUAUCCUCGCACCAUCAAGGACUCAUUGCGGAACGCCAAGAACUCGCGCAAGGUCAAACGCGAAGAGAUCAAGGAACGGAAAGAGCGCGAAAAGAUCAAGAAACGCGAGGAAUUGAAGCAGUUGAAGGCCAUGAAGAAGAAAGAGAUCAUGGGGAAGCUGGACAAGUUGAAGAAGGUGGCCGGCAGUGGGGAUCUCGAUUUCGAAACCCUCGACCUGGAUGGCGACUUUGAUCCGGCGGAAUACGAUCGAAAAAUGGCUCAGGUGUUUGCCCAGUACGAUCACGCGAACGACGGCCAAACGGACGAAACGAAACCCGAGUUUUCUGAUCUCGAAUCGGAUUUGGAGGCCGAAUUGGAAACUGAGAACUGGGACGAUUGGGAAGGCCAUAAUACGGAGGCGGAUCCGGAUGAUCCGGAUCUCAUCAUGGAUUGCGACUAUGAGCCCCACUCGAAAGCGCAGACGCAAAACGAAAUCAUCGAAUCCACGCGCAAUCGGAAAAAGAUCCGCAAGUCCAAGUUUGCCCAGGUGGUGGAGCAAAGCAAGCCCGUGUUCAACCCUGACGAUCGAAAAACCUUUGAAGAGUACCUCAACGAAUAUUACAAGUUGGACUACGAGGAUAUGAUCGGCGAUCUCCCAUGUCGAUUCAAGUAUCGGUCCGUGCCCCAAAACGACUUCGGUUUGAGUGCCGAUGAAGUGCUCAACGCGCCGGAUCGAGAACUCAAUUCCUGGGUCUCCCUGAAAAAGACCUGUUCGUAUCGCCCCAACGAGGAAGAGCAGCACGACAUUGACACGUUCAAGCAACGAGGCAACAACGUAUUCUUGAAAAGAAAGUACUUGCCCUCGCUUUUCGAGACCAAUCCGGAUCAAGCCCUAGAAUUGGAGAAGAAGAAGAAAUCCGAAAAGAUCAAGCGUCGGAAGCGGAAUCGUCACGGUUUAGGUCAAACAGAAGAAGGAGACAAAGAUGAAGAUGGGGUAGAAGAACUCAAAAGAAAAGAAGCAGAAGUGAAGAAAAGAAAAGUCAAGGAGGUGCCCGAAGCCACGACCAAACCCACCAAGCGCGCCAAACUCGAAGUGGAUGUGAAAAAGACGGAAGAUGCUGAGGUUGGAACCGAUUCCAAGAAGAAGAAAAGGAAGCGUAAACGCGGAUCCGUCAAGGAGAUGAUCUCGAAGAAGAAGGUGGAUGUGAAUGCGGAUAUCCGGAUGUCCGACGAUCGAUUGAAAGCUUACGGGUUGAAACCCAACCAAUUCAAGAGGAAAAUGAAGAAGCAAAAAUAUCACGAUAAGACGUAAGUGAGUUGCGUUAAGUGAUCGAUUGAUGAAGAAAUGAAUAUAUGAUUUUUCCUGUUAA